UUCCAACAUUUGUGAGAAAAGCAAUCAACCACUUUAUUUCAAUACAAUUAUUCAGGUAAAAUAUUUGUUGACGUUUAAGAAAAGACCAUGGAUUCAGAGAAAUUAAAAACACCAAGGUAAAUGGUUGUGCAUAAAAACAGCAUCGUCGCCUGGCAACCAAAUAAGCACUGCUUUAAGUAUUUGUUUCCACCCGAAUGACGAUGUGUUCAACACACUCGGCUUUUCUGGCUGAUCGCCGUUUCACCAAGUGCACAAUUUCGUCCAAUCGGAGCUCAGACCGCGUCCGUCACUUCUCUCCCGCCCAUCUGUACUCUAAUUGGCUGAUGGGUAAAUCAAUUUUCACACUCCCGUCUGAAUUAGAAUUUGAUGACAAUCUGUCCUUCCUGUGAUAUGUAGGACAUAGUGGCCGACAACACGGAGGGGGCUGCAUUUAAAACCGAGGGACGAGCGGGAAUAGGCAGGUGCCGAUGUAUGUUUAAGAAAUAGCAUACUUCAAAUAACUUUCAUCAUGAGCAUGAAUUACCCAUCAGCGGGUCCCACACAGAGGUCGACGUCGUUUUUUAUCGAAGAUAUUUUAUUGCACAAACCUAAGCCGUUGAGAGAAGUUAUUCAAUCGCCUUUCUGUAGCCCCGUGGCCUCCCGGAUGCCAAUCCUGGAGUAUGGAUACCCAUUGAUGCCAACACCGGUUUUGGCCCCUCAUCCACAUCAUCCGCUCCACAAACCAGAACAUCACCAGUACUUCUUUACAUCUGGCAUGCAGAUGCCAGCCUUGUUUCAACACCACGCAGAUUUACCGGGGAAGCACUGCAGACGCAGGAAGGCCAGAACGGUUUUCUCCGACUCGCAACUCUCUGGCCUGGAGAAGAGGUUUGAAAUCCAGCGGUACUUGUCCACACCGGAGAGAGUGGAGCUUGCCACUGCGCUUAGCCUUUCCGAAACACAGGUGAAAACGUGGUUUCAGAACCGACGUAUGAAGCACAAGAAGCAGCUGAGGAAAGCCCAGGAUGAGCACAAGACACCCGGGCAAGUGGAGAGAACCGCAGGGAAUUCGAGCGAGAACGAAUUGACCGAGAAAAGCGGCAAGGAACUGAAAUGCCCACUGGAGCGGGACACAUAUUUGCUGGAAGAAAGCGAUGACGAUGUGGAUAUCGAGGAUGAUAUUUGCUCUCCGGAUCAUCUCUUAUAGUAGGCUGCAUGGCUGUUUAAUACGCAGCAUUAUUGUAUACCUUUGUAAAUAACGCUGACUUUAUAUUACUGUCAUUACAAAUGUUUACCGUUGAACAAUGAUAGACCUACUGUGAUGUUCAUUCAUCCACCUGCAAAAAAAAUAAAUAUUUUCAUCUCUGCAAAUAAAUUGGAAUAUAUAUGAUGGGAUC